AUUAAUUGCCCCUCAGACAGCGCGUGUGUGUGGCCCCUGUGUUAGAGCCCAGCCUGCAGCAGAGGUGUGAGGAGCUGCUGGUGAGUCACGGGCGCGCGCUGGAGGGAUAAAUAGCGCGGAUUGCGGAGCUGAAGGAAGAAAUAAUCCAGAUGCGCGAGACACACCGAGAUUAAACCGAGCUGAUCUCAUUCUUACAGGGAGCUAUUUUUUAACACAGGAUCAGGACUGAACCAGGUCUGAAUUUGGGCUGAACAAGGACUGAAUAAGAGCAUCAUACAGACGCACUUCGAGCUGGAGGAAAAAGUCUGCACACCUGUACCUGCGAACACGGUUUGUGAUGGCAGCCUCUUCGUCCUCUUCCUGCGAUCCUCAGUUGGACCCAAACACAGCUAAUGUACGACCACCUCCAGCAGCGGGUGACGGGUGGUACGGGGUCGCGCACGGCUGCACGAGGAAGCUGGGGAUGAAGAUUUGCGGCUUCCUGCAGAAGAACAACAGCUUGGAUGAGAAAGGACGCAUGGUGGGCGCGUUCAGCCAGAAGCAGCAGCUGGUGAGUGAGCUGAGUGACAGAGAACACUUCAGACGCACCGAGACUGACUUCUCCAACCUGUUCGCUCGGGAUUUACUUCCUGCGAAAAAUGGAGAAGAGCCCACCAUGCAGUUCCUCCUGGAGGUUAUGGACAUCCUCACCACCUACGUCCGCAAGACCUUCGACAGAUCCACCAAAGUUCUGGACUUCCACCACCCACAUCAGCUGCUGGAGGGCAUGGAGGGCUUUAACCUGGAGCUUUCCGACCAGCCUGAAUCUCUGGAGCAGAUCCUGGUGGACUGCAGAGAUACACUGAAGUAUGGAGUCCGAACAGGACACCCUAGAUUUUUUAACCAGCUUUCUACGGGUCUGGACAUCAUCGGCCUGGCUGGAGAGUGGCUGACCUCUACAGCGAACACCAACAUGUUCACCUAUGAGAUCGCUCCUGUGUUUGUGCUGAUGGAGCAGCUGACUCUGAAGAAGAUGAGGGAGAUGAUUGGCUGGCCGAAUGGAGAGGGAGAUGGGCUUUUUUCACCAGGUGGCGCCAUAUCAAACAUGUACAGUGUGAUGAUUGCUCGGUAUAAGUAUUUCCCUGAGGUCAAAACCAAAGGCAUGUCAGCAGCACCACGCCUCGUUCUGUUCACAUCAGAGCAUAGUCACUAUUCGAUCACCAAAGCUGGAGCUGCUCUGGGUUUUGGUAAAGAAAACGUCAUCCUGCUCAGCACAGAUGAGAGGGGACGAGUCAUCCCUGCUGACCUGGAGGCCAAAAUCAUCGAUGCCAAACAGAAGGGUUAUGUGCCACUCUUUGUAAAUGCAACAGCGGGAACAACAGUCUACGGAGCAUUUGACCCCAUCAAUGACAUUGCAGAUAUCUGCGAGAAGUACAACCUUUGGCUGCAUGUGGAUGGCGCGUGGGGUGGCGGCCUGCUGAUGUCCAGGAAGCACCGCCACAAGCUGAACGGCGUUCAUAGAGCUAAUUCAGUCACUUGGAACCCGCACAAGAUGAUGGGCGUCCCGCUCCAGUGUUCCGCUAUUCUGGUCAGAGAGAAGGGUAUUCUUCAGGGCUGUAACUCUAUGUGUGCUGGAUACCUGUUCCAACCAGAUAAACAGUAUGAUGUUACCUACGACACUGGAGAUAAAGCCAUUCAGUGUGGCCGACAUGUGGAUAUCUUCAAAUUCUGGCUAAUGUGGAAAGCUAAGGGUACCGUGGGGUUUGAGCAGCACAUAGACAGAUGCCUGGAGCUUUCAGAAUACCUGUACAACAAAAUCAAAAACCGCCCGGGUUACGAAAUGGUCUUCCAAGGAGAGCCCCAGCACACUAACGUCUGCUUCUGGUACAUUCCACCGGGUAUGAGGAACAUGCCGCAUGGAGAAGAGAGAAGAGAGAGACUGCACAAGGUGGCACCAAAGAUCAAGGCCAUGAUGAUGGAGGCAGGCACCACCAUGGUGGGCUACCAACCACAGGGGAACAAAGUCAACUUCUUCCGCAUGGUCAUCUCCAACCACGCCGCCACCAGAUCCGACAUCGACUUCCUCAUCGAUGAGAUUGAGCGGCUGGGACAUGACCUGUGAUCCCGCCCCUCUCCUGCAGUUCCUAAUGCAUCAACACAACCUGUGGUCUGUACAAGUGUAAUGUUUUAGCACAGUGUGUGUAGCUGUAGUGUGUUAUACAGUAACUUUCAGUCCUUUCAGUAGUGACUUCCUUCAGUGUGAUGUUGGAUUUUUAGCUAAGUGUGUAAAGAAAAUCACCCUCACACAAAACCCACCAUUGCUUAGCUAUUGAUCUAUCCAUGCUCAGCUUAAAAUAUAUAUAUAUAUUUCAAAAGAAGUGAUGUCAGGUUGUCAGGAUGAGCUUUACAGGCUUUUUUCACUUUAUUUUAAUAAGAAGUCCAGAACUCUGGACUAAGCUUCUGCUGUGCUAAUAUCUGUUAUAGACAGAUGUUUAGGAACUCCAGUCACAUUACAAAACAGUGUGACCUUUCACCUUUUUUUUGUUUGUUUAAAAAAACAAAUGAAAACUCCUUCUCAGUAGCCUGUUGGUCACACAGAUGAACUGAGACUUUUUUGAAUUUUUUUAUUUUCUUCACAAAAAUGAAUAUGGUACAUUUUUUGGUGCUGUUUUCUUCUCUUUGUGUAGUAGAAGGAAGGAUACAUCAGCUGCGUCCUUAAAAUUGCUACCAAUGUUGCCUGCAUCGCUUGGUUGUAUAUGAAAGGUCCUUCACUUUAGGAACAGAAAUGGGAUCUUAAAAAUUCAGCUCACCUCAGCUGCAACCUAGGCUUUAGAACAUAGACCUUCUGGUAACUGGCCGUAGUACAUGUUUUAACCCCAUUACUAUAACCAUUUUAGCUCCAAUGCUUCUCAAUGGGAGUGAAGGGAAACGUACUGUCCACUCCUACAGUAUACAGUCAAUGGCUUAUAGCUAAGGUAACUAAAAAAAAGAAAGCUUGAAUAGAUCAAUCAGCCUAUCGCAAUGUUUAUUAAUACCAUUCAGACCCAUAUAUAGGUAUAUAAAUAUAUAUAAAUAUACACUAUACAUGCACACUAAACUAUAUUAUGUAUUAUGUAAUGUAGAUAGCACUACAUUUAUAGUGCUUCAGUUGUAAAUACACUACAAAUACGAGCAAGGCGCACCACCCUUUUAAUAAAUUCUGAAUUCAUUCCUCCCUGUGUGUACAGUAUGUGGGGUUUGUGUUCGUGAUAAGAUCCAUAAGAUCCAUAUCCCCGCAUUGUGUAUCUAGAACUUACUUUGUCGUAGGUCCUGUAACAAGAAAAAAAGAACAAAGUGUUAAUUCAGCACCUUUGUGAGGUGAAAACAUGUCUUCAAUUUCCAGUCGAAAUGCUGUAUGACAAUGACAUAAGUAUUUAUUGAAAUGAAAACCUUUAUUAUAUUACAUUGUGAGAUGAAGAGUAUUUGAGAAUGCAGUAUAUUUCAUUUUUAUUUCAUUUGUAAUGUAUCUUUAAUUGUGUUUACAGCACAUUUUAUGUAAUCAAAUGCAUUUAUGGUCCAAUAGUGAAUUCGUGAGCCAAAGACAGAGUACAUAACUAUUGUCGCUAAUGUCACUAAUGUUACACUAUACACUUUCUAUUAAGUAUUAUUUGAGAUAAGAUACAUAAAGGUACAGUAUAUAAAAUAUAUUUAACAAAAAAAAACUUCUAUAUAAAUAUAUGUCAUGUAUAUUUAUUGUGUGUGUGUUUGUAUGUAUGUGUGUAUGUAUGUAUGUAUGAAUGUAUGUAUGUGUGUGUGUCAUUCAGGCCCUUGACCUCAGUGCAAUCAGUGUGUUUUUAUGUCAUUGUGACGAUAUUGUGUGUAACUUGGACUGAAUGUUUUUAAAACAAUCACAUGAAUUAACAGUGUAAAACUUAAAACUAAUUAAGCAUUAAUUAUAUGUUAAUAUUAACUAUAGUGGUUAUCAAUGCAAGCAGUUUUUAAAUAUCUGCCACUUAUUUAUGUAGAAAAAAGCACAAUACAGAAGACAGGCAGGGGACUUUUAUCUUUUAAAAAAUGUAAAGACUGUGUUAAAAUAUGAGUAAACUGAGUAAAUUAAAUGUUUUAAUGUUUUAUUAUUGUACAUAAUAAGACUUGCAUCCAGCAACUGUGAAAUUAUGGAUCAUUUAAGUCCUGACUAAUGGUUUGCACAAUUGUCUUUCUCUUCACUGUUUAACAAUGUUUUAACGCUGUUUUAACACGAGAUAAUGUAAUUCACGUGGUGUGUAAUCGAGCACAAGCUUGACUGUAAUCUCAGUUUUAUGUCAUUGUGACUUUUUGAAUGGACGGACUGUAAAUGGUGAAUGAAUGUGGGGAGAGAAGCGCUCCCGGUGAAGGUCGGCACUUUAAAAUGCAACACAUGCCAUGUUAACACUGUUACUGUCAAAUGUACAGUGCAAAUAAAGUCUAUUAAAGCAUUAAUCUAUCAAAAA